UGUUUCGUUAAAAGAUUGAUAAUUCCAGCUCUUCCGAAGAAAUCUGCCGGCCUUUUGGAUAUAAUCUGCUGUUUUUCUAACCGCAUCGUAAUUCGUAAACAAUAUUGUUAGGUAAUAUUUGCAGUACAGUGUUCUGCUCAUUCAUUGCGCCAUAACUUUGUUCAUUCUAAAGUGAGUUAAAGUGGAAAAGGUGAGGUAAACAUGCAGCCGGCAGUGUGUUGGUGGCGCAAUGUUAGGCGCACAGCCCGUGCCCUUCCUUCUGCUUCAUUCCCUGAGCCUGCGCGCCGUUUGCACAAGCUAAGCUUUCUCCCUAACUCAACGUCAACACGUUGUCAUUCUUCGUUUUUUGCGGCAACGGACGGGCAGCGUUUUUGCGGCGCUCAUCUUUCUAGUGUUUCCAGCGACAGCACCUUUCUGCGUCCGGGUUCGUGCUCGAGUUUCAAGCAUUCAGUGAAGCAAUUUGCCAACCACGCACCAACGAUGACGGCCAGCAAAUAUCAGGUUGCGGAACGUGGCGUUCCCAACUCCACGGACUACCGGGUUUUCUUCAAGAAUGAAAACGGACAGUCCAUUUCACCUUUGCAUGACAUUCCGCUGUUCGCGAAUGAGGAGAAAACCGUCUACAACAUGGUGGUGGAGGUUCCUCGCUGGACAAACGCGAAGAUGGAAAUCAGCUUGAACGAAGGCCUGAAUCCGAUCAAGCAAGACGUGAAGAAGGGCAAACUGCGCUUCGUGGCCAACUGUUUCCCGCACCACGGGUACAUCUGGAACUAUGGUGCAUUCCCGCAAACGUGGGAAAACCCGGACCACCUGGACGCCGAUACCGGCUGCAAGGGUGACAAUGAUCCGAUCGAUGUGGUCGAAAUUGGAUCCCGCAUCGCCAAGCGCGGUGAGGUGAUGCAGGUGAAAAUCCUGGGCACAAUCGCGCUCAUCGACGAGGGCGAAACGGACUGGAAAAUCAUCACGAUCAACGUGAACGAUCCGCUCGCCGACCAGGUGAACGAUAUCGCCGAUAUCGAGACGGUGUUUCCGGGUUUGCUGCGCGCCUCGGUCGAAUGGUUCAAGAUCUACAAGAUCCCGGACGGCAAGCCGGAGAAUCAGUUCGCGUUCAAUGGCGAGGCGAAGGAUGCAGCAUUCGCCACGAAGACGGUCGCGGACACGCACCGGUUUUGGCAGCAGUUGGUUCACAAGGAGGUUGAAAAUAAUGGAAUUUCUUGCCUAAACACCACCGUAGAUGGAUCACCGUAUCUGGUGGCUAGUGAUGCUGCGGAUGAGGUGUUUGCCAAGAGCGCAACCGGUGGUAAUCCCGAGCCUGCUAGUGAAGCGCUUCACAAAUGGCACUUCCGGUCGGAGAACAGCUACUCGAAGCUGUAAGAACCGGUGCUGCUUUUUAGUCUGCCGUAAUGGAGAAUGUUUUCUAGAUUUUAGUGGUCAACUAGUAGUUGAUGGUGCUUGUGUAUUUUUUAAAAGACAAAUAAAGUUGAUGCUGCCAAUAGUACGAAUGUAGUUUUGAGUUAAGCUAACGUAUUAACUGCCUUUGAUUCAUGCACCAGAUUUCAAAUGAGUCGGGUUAUUGACACAAGUUCCUAUCUCUCCACAGUUGGUAAAUGGCACUACAUAACGCUGAAGUAAGCAAUCGAAUUGAACCGAUUCGACAAAAUUCGACUGCAUAAGGAUACGGCAACGGCAAUACAUUCGCUAAGUGUGAGCUAAUGAGUGGUACAGUCUCAUAUCAGCAUCAGUACAGUUUGAUUGGGUAGCGAAUUCCGCUGAAUGAUUAGAAUAUUUAUUUAAUAACAAACAAAAAACAGCACAUUACAUAGCGCACGCUCACAAAACCACGGAUAGUGAGAAAAUUGUUAAUGCAUUUAAUAAACGAAACAAUGUAAUUAACCGAAAGAUCAAUUUAA